AUGCCCAUGCUCGUGAUCAAUACCAACGUGGACUCGGGGGCCGUACCCGCCAGCCUGCCCGGGGAGCUGACCCAGCAGCUGGCCAAGGCUACCGGCAAGCCAACCCAGUAUAUUGCGGUCCACAUCGUGCCCGGCCAGCUAAUGACCUUCGGGGGCUCAGCUGAUCCUUGUGCCCUGUGUAGCCUACACAGCAUCGGCAAGAUUGGUGGGCCGCAAAACAAGGCUUACUCCAAGUUGGUGUGUGAUCUGCUUACUAAAAACCUGCAGAUACCUGCAGACAGGGUCUACAUCAACUAUUAUGACAUGAACCCUAGUAACGUGGGCUGGAAUGGAUCCACCUUUGCAUAAGGCUCUUUUUUGUGCGCGUUCCCUCUAAGG